AUGAACUGUCGCAGCAUUUCGGGGCUGGCGGCUGCCAGGGUGCACCUCGAGCGCCUGCGCCAGCAGCUGCAAGGCGGAUUUCGGGAAGCCUCGACCAUGUCGACGAAGUCCUGUUGCGACCUCACAGGGUGCGCCUCGUCCAUAGCCACGCCGCCGCUCUGCGCGGCCGCCGCCGCCGCCGAGACGCCAGGCCCCCGCGGGCCGGCGGCGGCAGCGACCGAGCAGCUCGUGGGAGGGCGAAGGCGACAAGGGGAGCGAGGACCUGCGCCUCGACGGCGGCGAGCCGCGCCCGCUCCACCUCCUCGGGCGACCCGUCCUCCGGACGGAAGGUGA